AUGAAAGUAACCAUCAUCUCCCUGUGUUCUCUCGCUCUAUGUGUAUCUGCCGCACCAGCAGGUGCCGACUUCAGCCUUGUCGGAUUCGCAAUAGACAACCCAAUCGGCACCACUACUGGCGGCCAAUCCAAGCAUGGCAAAAGCGUCACUGUGAGGACGGUCGCCGAGUUCAUCAGCGCAGUCACCAGCACGGAGCCGCUUGUCGUCUAUGCCAAAGGCGACUUCAACCUCACGUCUCGAGUCCAAGUCGGGUCCAACAAGUCGCUCCUGGGCGUGGGCAAAGGAGCUCAAAUCACCGGCUCAGGUCUCAAUAUUUACAAUAAGACCAACGUCAUCAUCCGCAACAUUGGCUUCACAUCCAUUGCCGACGACGCCAUGACAAUCCGCAACAGCACACGCAUCUGGAUUGACCACAACGAAUUCACCAGCGGCAACUUCCCCGCGCUGGGACCAGACGCCUUUGACGGCCAAAUCGACAUCAUCCGCGCCUCGGACUGGAUCACUGUAUCGUGGAACUACUUCCACGACCAUUGGAAGAGCUCGCUCGUCGGCAACAGCGACGCCUUCCGCGACAUCGACCAAGGUCACCUCCACGUCACAUACCAUCACAACCACUGGCGCCACGAAGGCACUCGCGGGCCUGCCGGUCGCUUCGGUCACCAGCACAUCUACAACAACCUGUACACCGACUUCCUAUAUCAAGCCAUCCACUCGCGAAGCGACAAUCAGGUUCUCGUCGAAGCAAACGUCUUCAGAGGAAACACCCGCGAAGCCCUGAGCACCUAUGGCCUCGUCAUCCCCGAAGACAGUCCCAAUACGAGUCCUGACGGCGACUUUGAAAUCGAUGGGUUUGCCAAUCUCGGUGCGAAAAACGACUUUGGGUCUGCGGGUGUGAAUAUCACUCAAGUCGGCAAUUUUACCACGGCACCGUACAGGUACAGGCUUACGCCGCUGUCGCAGGUAGAACGGGUCGUUGAGAGUGGUGUGGGGUUGGGCAAGACUUGA